GUCACCGUCACCGUCACCUCGCGUCAUCAACAAAACAGCUGACCCCUGGGACCAGACCAACCAGUCGGCGCGUCGCGACACCUCUACAGUAGACGGUAAACCCAUUGGCACCUCGGGCCACAUGUCACCCCAGCCCACCCGCGCGUCGCCGGCGUGACGGCGUCGCCGUCCAGAACCACACGGCCAGUGCUCGUGGCACACAUGGCCCCCUGCAUGCGCGCCACCUCGCGACACCUCAUACGCUCAGCCCGCAGCCGUCCGUCCGUCGUCCGAUCGCCUCCACUCCACGGCCGCACCCUAUAAAUCCCACCGCCCACGCUUCUUCGUCGUCGUCGUCGUCGUCGUCGUUGACACACCUCCCGCCGCGCGCCUGCCUGCCUGCCUGCCUGUGCGGCCGGCGGCGGGAAUGGAGCUGGAGCUUGAGGCGGCGACCCGGCGCUUCCACCUCUGGUUCCGCGGGCUGCGCUCGCUGCGCCGGGACCUGGCGUCGGCCCGGUGGUCGGACGACGCGGCGGCCCAGCUCCCCGCUCUUGUGGGCCGCUUCGUGGCCCACCUGGAAUCCUACUGCGCGGCGCGCGCGGGGCUGGACCCGGUGUGGACGCUGUCGGCGCCGUGGGCCACCCCCGCGGAGCGCGGCGCCGCGUACUGGCUCGCCGGGUGGCGGCCCACCACGCUGGUCCACCUGCUCUACACCGAGUCCGGGCGCCGCCUCGAGGCGCAGCUGCCGGACCUCCUCCUCGGCGUGCGGUCGGGGAACCUGGGCGACCUCACCCCGGCGCAGCUGGCGCAGGUCGACGACCUGCAGCGCCGCACGGUGGCCGAGGAGGACGCGCUCGCGCGGGAGAUGGCGCUCGUGCAGGAGGGCCACGGCGUCGUGGCCGCUCCGUCGGCGGACGGGUCCGGGCUUCUCGACGUGGCCGGCCUCGUGCGCACGGCCAGGGCCGUGCUGGACAGGGCGGACGCGCUGCGGCUGCGCACCGUGAAGCGGGCGGUGGAGAUACUGGAGCCCGCGCAGGCGGCCGAGCUGCUCGUCGCCGCCGCGGACCUGGAGAUCGGGUUCCGGGAGUUUGGGCUCAAGCACGGGUCGGGCCGGGACGGAUGACAUGUCUGGCCCAGUUUUUUCGAGUUCUCCUGCACUGCCUGGCCUAGCCCAGUUUUUUUUUGGCUCGUCCCAUGAUUUUGCCGGGCUGUACCUGUCUGGGCCGUGACAGGGGCACGAGAACAUGAAUAAAAUGCACGAGAUUGACGAGUGGAUUGUUUGAUUCUAAAUUAACGAGUGGAAUGUGCUGCGCACAAAACCACCGUCUCUUGAUGCUUCUCACACAAAUUAGCA